AUGCCUUACGUUCCAGAGCCUUGGGCGUUUGACGACGUCCUGAAGCUCACCAAGAUCAGCCCAGCCUACUGGAGAGCAACUUAUAAUGCUCCGCCAUUAAAUCUCUUUACGCCGCGAACCUAUAAGGCACUGCGGACGCUCGUCGAGCUGCUCGAAAACGACCCGGCUGUCAAAGUCGUGGUUUUCGAUAGUUCCGUCCCGGACUACUUUAUGGCCCAUUAUGAUUUGCUAGUGAGGCAAGGCAAAGAAAACGCAGAAGGCGAAGACGCCGCUCCAGAAACCGAGUGGCCUGGAUUUGUACUACGCUUUGCCCGCCUUUCCGCAGUUACAAUUGCCGAAGUCCGUGGACGCGCCCGUGGUCUUGGCAGCGAAUUCAUUCUUGCGUGCGAUAUUCGUUAUGCUAGCCUCGAGAAGGCUGUAUUCUGUCAGCCAGAAGUCGGCGCUGGCCUUGUUUGCGGUGGUGGCGGGAUCGAAUGGCUUUCAAGGGUGGUGGGCCGCUCGCGAGCUUUGGAGAUUCUGUUGAGCAGUCAAGAUUUUGAUGCUGCGACCGCUGCUCAAUACGGGUACAUUAAUCGUGCCAUUAAAGACUCGGAGUUGUCUGUCUUUGUAGACAACUUUGCCUUCCGGGUGGCUGGGUUUGAUAAAAAGCCGUUGGUGGAAACCAAGCAAGCCGUCAACGAUCGCGCCGGAUUGCCUAGCCUGUCAGAUCUCAAGGGGUCAUUAAACAUCUUUGCUAACUCUUGCAACUGGCCCGAGGCCACGAAGCGAGUCCAGACUCUGCUGGAGAUGGGCUUGCAGCAAGAUGGCCCUGUGGAGAGGGAUCUGGGCCAACAUGUUCAUGAGGUAUCGCUGAAGUUGCACGGAGAGACUGAAGAUGCUCAAUAG